CAGUUCGAAGAUGCUGAAAGCGGUCAUCCUGAUCGGAGGUCCCGAAAAGGGAACCCGGUUUCGUCCACUCUCGCUCGACACACCGAAACCACUGUUCCCGGUAGCCGGAAAGCCCAUCAUACAGCAUCACGUCGAAUCGUGCGUUCGCAUCAAGGAGCUGAAGGAGAUCCUAAUUCUCGGCUUCUACCCCGCCACCCAGAUGCAACAAUUCGUUAGCAAUAUGCAGAAUCUGUACGAUGUAAACAUACGCUAUCUGCAGGAAUUUACGGCCCUCGGCACGGCCGGUGGAAUGUAUCACUUUCGGGAUCAGAUACGGUCUGGCAAUCCGAGCGCAUUCUUCGUGCUGAACGGGGACGUUUGUGCGGAUUUCCCGCUGCAGGAGUUGUACGACUUCCACCGGUGCAAGAAGGACACGGCACUCGUUUCGAUUAUGGGUACGGAAGCGACACGUCAGCAAGCGGUGCAUUACGGUUGCUUGGUGCUGGGGAAGGAUGAGGAAGUGACGCACUACGUGGAGAAGCCACGGUCGUAUCUUUCCACGCUGAUCAACUGCGGUGUGUACGUGUGUUCGAUGGACAUUUUCGCCAAGAUGGGUGCUGUGUUUCAUUCGAAGCAACAGGAUUACAGUAUGCUGAACAAUGGCAACGGCAAGGACAGUGGACACAUUCAGUGGGAACAGGAGAUACUGACACCGUUGGCUGGGACGGGCAAGCUGUACGCGUUGCCGGUGAACAAUUGGUGGUCACAGAUUAAAACGGCCGGUUCGGCUAUUUACGCCAACCGACACUAUCUCGCACUGUACAAGAAGGCACAUCCGGAGCGGUUAGCGAAUGCCGGGUCGAAGACGGAGAAUGGGAAUGCGAAUCUGAUCUGUAACAUUGUGCCGGAUGUGCACAUUCAUCCGACGGCUUCGGUGCAUCCAACGGCAACGCUCGGUCCAAAUGUGUCUAUCGGUCCAGGAGUCGUGAUUGGGCCGGGUGUUCGUGUUCGCGAAUCCAUUGUCUUGGAGAAUGCCGUUAUCAAAGACCAUUCGCUAGUGGUGCAUAGCAUUGUUGGUCGUGGUUCACAGAUCGGCAUGUGGGCACGUGUGGAGGGCACACCGAGCGAUCCCGAUCCGAACAAACCCUUUGCGAAGAUGGAAAAUCCACCACUGUUCAACACGGACGGUCGGUUAAACCCGUCCAUCACGAUACUGGGCUAUGCCGUCAGUGUGCCUUCGGAGAUGAUCGUGCUGAACUCGAUCGUACUUCCGCACAAAGAGUUAAGCCGUAGCUUCAAAAACGAAAUCAUUCUUUAAUGUUGGGUGAGCUACGGUACCUCAUAUC